AUGUGGGGACUACUAAAAAAUAAAGGAAAUCAUGUUCACAACAGUGAAGUGCUAAAAAGUGGCAAAGGGUUUCUGAUUCCAGGAAAGAGGACGAUUUAUAAGACAACACCAACAGAAUACCUGCCAUGUUGUAAUUGCCUUGCUUACUACAAACGAAAUGAAAUAUGGAAACACCAAAAGUCGUGCCCUGCUUUGGCUGUAAAAGGAAAGGUAGCUAAAGGUGGACGAAUACAAGGUAAAUGCUCAUUAAUUCUUGCAACCGUAGGACCAGCCAUUAGUAGUGAAUUCCAAGAAAACAUACUUAACAAGAUGAAUGUGGACAGAAUUUUGCUUUUGAUAAGAAAUGAUAUGUUGAUCCUGAACUAUGGUAAGAGACUUUUUUCAAAGUUUACCGAGUAUCACCAAUUUCAAUAUUGUUCUCAAAAGAUGAGAGAACUCGGGCGAUUAGUUUUAGAACUUAGAGAAGUACAUGUGAAUAAAAAUAUGUAUCUCAACGAUGCAAUAUGCCCACAAAAUUUUAAUGCUGUUACAGAAGAUGUUGCCACACAAGAGCAAUGUGAGGCCUUUGAAAACCUCUGUGAAAUAGAGUGGCCAGAUGAAGUCUCCAACCAUGCUCGGUCCACCCUCUAUAAGCAAAAAUGGAACAAGCCCAUAAUGCUACCACUAGAAGAUGUUGUAGCUCUCAAUGUCUUCUUGAAAAAAAAAUCAAAAGAAUGCUCUGAGAAACUAGAAGCCUGCAAGUCUGACACAGAUGCUUGGUAUACUCUUGCCAAAGUCACUCUCUGCCAGUUGAUUCUGUUUAAUAGAAAGCGUAGUGGAGAAGCAGAACGGAUAGGAAUUGAAGAUUGGGCAAAUGUACAUUCUGAAUCAAGCAAAGAUAUUUUGAAAAGUUUGUCCAAAUGGGAAAAAUGUCUCUGUAAGAAGCUGAAAAGACUUGAAAUAAUGGGCAAACAGGGACGAAAAGUCCCAAUCCUAAUUCCUGAAGCUAUAUUUGGUAGCAUACAAUUGCUAAUUGUAACAAGAACCAAUGUUGAUAUAAGCAAGGACAACAAAUUCCUGUUUGCAGUACCAGCACCAUCAAAUCGUCCUAUUCGUAGUAGUGUAUGCAUCCACAAAUUUGCUUUGGAAUGUGGAGUAAAUAAACCACAAAAUCUAACGGCUACAAGAUUGCGAAAACACAUAGCAACGUUUUCACAAGUUUUUAAUCUUCAAAACAAUGAAUUGGACAUUUUAGCAACAUUUAUGGGCCAUGACAUAAAUGUUCAUCGAAAUUAUUACAGAUUGCCAGAAGAGACUACACAAGUGGUGAAAGUUGGUAGAAUACUUCUAGCCCUUGAGAAAGGCAGGACCUUUGACUUUAAAAACAAAAAGUUGGAUGAAAUAGAAAUUUCUUCUGAAUUUGAAG